GGGGCGGAGCUAGUCUGCAGGCCCAGACGUGGCGCUGCGGCCGGGCGUUGCACCUCCAGCUUUCGGAUUACCUUCCUGCGUUUUCCGAUGCGCCUCCCGCUGCCUCCACCGCCCGUGCUGCUGCUUCUGGCGGCACUCACGGCCGCUACCACCACCUUCCGGCCCGACUGGAACCGUCUGCAUGGCCUGGCCCGAGCCCGGGUGGAGUCCUGUGGUGGAUGACAGCUGAAUCGCCUGAAGGAGGUGAAGGCCUUCGUCACCCAGGACAUCCCACUCUACCACAACCUGGUGCUGAAACAUCUGCCUGGGGCCGACCCUGAGCUCGUGCUGCUGGGCCACCGCCACGAGGAGCUGGAGCGCAUCCCACUGAGCGACAUGACCCGCGAGGAGAUCAACGCGCUGGUGCAGGAGCUCGGCUUCUACCGCAAGGCGUCGCCCGACGAGCCUGUGCCCCCUGAGUACCUGCGGGCGCCGGCGAGGCCCGCCGAAGGCGAUCCGGACCGUGGGGAGCUGUAGGUCCUGGAAUGCGCCCCCACCUCCACCCCCGCCCGAGCCCUGGGGACCCAAUGAAGCGCUCAGCGUCCCGGGAGCCCCUCCCUCGCUGAGGGCCGAAGCCCCGCCCCGGAGCCGGCAGGGAUGGAGUUGAGGGUUCCCCUCAAUUCCCCGUUAUUCCCUCCCACGGAUCCCCCUUCAGCGCCACUAAAUCCCCUUCCGUUUUAA